AAUCCAACCAAGCCUGGGGGUGAAUAGCGUUCAGGCUCCCGGGGAACUCUUCCCUUCACACCUUCCGACAGAUUGCACGAUACGAGUACAGUAUCGGUACCAUACGCUAACAGGAUAAUCACUAUCCCGCAUCGCCUCGCUCGCUCCUCUUCCUAGUGGCCGCGCCUGUGCUGUGCUGGUACAUCAGGCACUUGCGACUGACAUAGCCAUAGUCCGUGGGUCCAACUGCCCCGUUAAUCGGACAUGCCCGGACACCUCGAACCCGGAGGAGGCGACAGUGUGGAGUUUUCUUCUGCUGAUGAUGGCGAUGGCGGGUCAAACCAUGCUCCCCCCCGCGGCCAAAUUUUCGGAGAUUUUGAGAGAGAGUUCCCCGCUGUCGGCGCCGCCGUUGGUGCUGCGAAUGGUCGGCCCGAUGACCCUACGGUUUACGAUACCCAGACCUUCGUGAUACCCGAAGGUACGCAUACAAUGGACGCGAUGCCGCGUUGGUGGCGGGGCCCUGGAGGCAAAGGCUAACCGUGGGAAUACAGACCGCAAACUGGGUUAUUGGUCGACCGCUGGUGAGAACUCUUGAGCUGGCUCGCUCGCGCUCAACUUCUGACGUUCCUCGUAGCAUUGAUUUGCAACCGUAUGAUUGGCACGGGAAUUUUUUCUACUCCUUCGACAGUUCUUCGCGCUACUGGUACUCCUGCGGGGACUUUGCUGCUGUGGUGCGCCGGCGCCUUUUUUGCGUAUUGUGGGUGAGUAGCUCGCCGCCGACUGCGGAGCAUUGGGUUUAGCUGACCUCGACCGACCGUGUCCAGAAUGGCCGUUUUCCUAGAGCUCGGUGCGUGACUUGCGGGUUCACCGGUAGCAUUUGUACUGACGACUGUGCCUCCAGGAACGGCUUUACCUCGUUCAGGGGGUGAAAAAGUCUACGUAAUUAUCUCCACCUCCAAUUGCUCCCCCUAUUUCCCCCCUUAUCAAGUCUGAACUGCUUCCCUUUAUGCGCUGCUAACAUGGCACCACUACUCCAUCGUAGCUCGAGCGAAUCUACCGGAAACCCAAGUACAUCGCCACCUGUGUAUACGCGAUACAGUUUAUUCUGCUUGGAAACACGGCGGGAAAUGCUGUUACUUGUGCUGCCCACUUUCUUCGUGCCAUCAAUCCGACUCGGUACUCCGUUAAUAUCCAGAUCCAGCCCGGGGCAACGGUUCCCGCCCCCCCGCCCGAUGGGCUCUCGAAAGGGCUUGCAGUUGGGGUUAUAACGCUGAAUUGCUUGAUUCACCUUUACUGGCCCAAGUUUGGCGGAAAGUAUCUGAUGACAGCAUUUGCCGCGCUGAAGAUAUUACUCCUUGUGUUGGUCGUCUUCACGGGCAUAGCAGCUUUUGCGGGAAAAGGACUCAAUAACCCACAGAGCGAAAACUUUUACGGCGAUGGAGCCUGGAGAAGAGAUGGCUCGACUGAGGCGCCCGGAAGCUGGGCGGCAGCAUUGUUGGCAGUGAGUUCUACCACUCGAAGCUUUUGCGGGGGAGUCGGGGCGUGCUAACUCUGCGGUUUGGUAGGUGAACUAUAGGUAACGCUUGCGGCAUCACCAAUGGACGUUAUUUAUGACUUAUGGCAAGCUAAUGACUGGUUUCUUUUCGCACUUUAGUUAUCGGUAUGUUGAGCCACAGCCCCCAAUCACGGAGAUUCAUGGCCUAACAACCGGGCACAUAAUAGAGGAUGGGAAAAUGCGAAUUACGUAUGAUAUCCACGGGGGAGGGUGGCUGCGUGUACUAACCACGAGCUCUAGGUUCUCGGUGAGGUUCGCAAUCCAGCGAAAACCUUACGGGUAUCAGCCCCAAUCGCUAUACUUGGUGUAGCUGCCCUUUACAUCUUGGCCAACAUUGCCUAUGUUUGUCUUCUCAAAUGUCUUUACUGGCCACGGUAGUUUACUGACAGAUGCUGUCAACAGUUUGCAGCACUUCCGAAGGAUAUCAUUCAGAAGGGAGGAGUUACUGUUGCAGCAGAUUUCUUUUUAGAUGUGAGUGGUGUUCAUCGCCGAAGUGCGAGUGCUCGGAGCCUAACCUUUCGGAAAGGUUUUUGGGGGAAGUGCUUUUGCGACUACAAUUGUGCCAUUAUGCAUUGCUGCAUCGGCCUUUGGGAAUGUGCUUGCGGUUACGUUUGCCAAUUCCCGCGGUGAGUACCUUUGGUAGCGAUAUUUCGGCGGGGUACUGAUUCCUUCGUGUAGUCAAGCAGGAGCUCGGCAAGGAGGGUGUGCUUCCCUGGUCUCGUUUCUGGGCUAGUGACAAGCCUUUUGGUACCCCUGCUGCAGCGUUGCUGCUUCACUGGGUGUUUUCCGUCAUUAUUAUAUCUGCGCCGAGCUCUGAGGACGCGUACAAUUUCUUCAUCUGGGUUUUCACUUCUUCUCAGACUUGGGUGUCUUGUAUUUCCCCUUCGUCCCUGUAUGUUUGACCAAGGUUCUGAUGAGAGCGGGCGCAGUGUUCAUUGGAGGUGGACUCCUUUAUCUUCAGCAUUCGCCUUCGCAGUCGGAGGUUUGGGCGGUGGAACGAACGGACUAUCAUGUCUGGUGGCCUUUCACACUCAUGUUCUGCCUUGCUUGCCUCUUCUUACUAAUUGCUCCAUUCAUACCAAACGAAUAUGGGGAUGGAUCGCUUUUGACCGGAUCAAUUCCAUACUACGUUUUCCCAACCGUGGGCUGCUGCGUCCUUGCGUCAGGACUAAUCUAUUGGGUUGGGUUCGCGAAGAUAUGGCCCAAGUUCGGGUUUACUCUCGAGGUUGAGCGCACCGAGGACGAAUUCGGGAAUGAAGUUAUCAAGUAUAAGGUAGCGCUUGCUUUUCGCAAUUUCUAUGGGGCCCGGGGGCUAACAUUGUGGGACAGCAUGUCAACAGGCAAAGGGAAACACGUGCCGAGGCAUCGAGCACCUCUGCGCUACCUCAGUUUAGGGGAGCUGCUGUCGGUGAGGUGCAGAUGUCUCAGAGGAAAGAGGUUUUUCCGGGCGCUUAGGAUGGCGAAAGCAAUGUACAUAGCUAUCCCUCCGGGGUGCACAUGCAUCCUAGGUUUUCAUGAUUAUUCUGUUUUUUGCUUCUGUGGGGCUUGUCGUUUGUUAGAAUGUCCUGUGGUUAAAAUGUCGUGGAUUUUCAUAAUAAUAUUAUUGCCGUCGCUGCGGUGCAUUAUGGUUCAUUUUGGCAUUUACACCUGUCGGU